UUACAAAUAUUGGACUAAACAAACCAAGACAUUAUUAUUCUAUCUUUUAACCAUAAAGGCUGCAGUGAUUCAUUAAACGUAGCUCCUUUACCUGCAGUUUCCCCAAAUUUGUGAAGUUCAAAAGUCCAUGUUCCUCCAUCAGUCUAAGCUAAAGUGUCCAGCACCUCUCUCUUUGUUUCUGCCAUUGUCUCUCAUUUCAGCUUACUGGAACGCAACCCGGGCCUUCAUGAUCCUCUCAGCGAUGUCGUGUUUUGCGGGAAUCAUCGCAGGCAUCCUCUCCUUCGCUCACUUCUCCGCCUUUAAGCGAUUCAACCGUUCCUUCGCUGCAGGGAUCAUGUUUUUUAUCUCCACGCUCUUUGUUCUGUUGGCUAUGGCCAUCUACACCGGGGUGACGGUGAACUUCCUCGGGAAGCGGUUCAGCGACUGGCGUUUCUCAUGGUCCUACAUUCUGGGCUGGGUCG